AUGUAUGAUGUCGCCUCCAGCUUUUAUUACUACUCCCUUCUGCACCACAUUUAGCCGUUAACAUUUCCCGUGGGCACCGAUAGAAAGUCUCAUGGGCUCGCAAAGUAACAGCGUUGGCUUCGACGGCGACUCGCGCUUCCGACUUGCGGCUCGCACUCGCACUUCUUGACUCCUCCGAAUUUCUCGGCAUACCGGUGGGUCGGCGUGGUGCCCGCCGAUACUACGGCACGGGCUGACGCACGGCAUCUCAUGAGAAGUCGGGGGUUGAGGGCCGCCAGCGUCGUUAUAUGUUUGAGAAGGGGUUUAUAAAUACAAGUCGACUCAUGCCCACCGUCCACAGCCAUUUCACCUGAUUUUGUAACACGACAUCCUCGGAGCAUCGCAUUAUCACCAUGGAAAUGGAACGCGACUGCGACGUUCUCGUUGUCGGGGCGGGCCCUGUGGGGACGGCUCUUGCCCUGGAGCUAGCCCUGCAUAGCGUAUCAUUCCGCAUCGUCGACCGAGAGCCGGCCCGAACCAGCCAGAGCCGCGCCUUGGUCCUGCAACCCCGGACGCUGGAGCUGCUGAACCGCCACGGGGCGGCCGACACCAUAGUCGGUCGUGGCCGCAUCCUCCGCGGGGCGCAGACCUACAUCAACAAAAAACCCGUUCUCGGACUCGUCCUCGACGACCUCGGCACGACCAAUACCGAAUUCCCGCUGCCGCUCAACGUCUCGCAAGCCGUGACGGAGGAGUUCCUCGAGGAGUGUCUCGCCAAGUACGGCAUCACGAUCCAGCGGCCCGUGACCGCGACCAGCAUCGCCCAAGAUGACGGCGGCGUGACGGCGACGAUCAGGCUGGCCGACGGGAGCACCGAGACCAUCCGCUCCAAGUACGUAGUCGGCUGUGACGGCGCCCACAGCGUGGUCCGGCAUGCGUCCCGUAACAUGGCCUUCCCCGGCGGCGCCUACCCUCAAGACUUCGUGCUCUGCGACGCACGGCUCCGCGACUCCAACAUCGACCAGCACCGCAUCACGCUGCACCUCAACAAGAGGGGGGUGCUGGCCACGCUGCCCGUCAACCGCGAACUCGUCCGCCUCAUCGCGUCCCGGGCCGCCUUGACGACGACGACGACGGUCGACAACCAGCAAGAGCAAGACGACGCGCCGCCCAGCCUCGAGCAGGUGCAGGCCUAUUUCACCGCCAUGACCCCUCCCGGCUCGGGCGUCCUCCACUCGCCGCAGUGGCUCACCCGCUUCCGCCUCCACCACCGCUGCGUGAAUCAGUACCGCGACGGCCGGCUCUUCGUGGCCGGCGACGCCGCGCACAUCCACUCGCCGGCCGGCGGCCAGGGCAUGAACGCGGGCAUCCAGGACGCCAUCAACCUGGGCUGGAAGCUCGCCCGCGCGCUGUCUCUGGAGUCGCAAGCCGAAUCCCUCCCUCCCUCAUUGUCGUCGUCCUCUUCAUCCUUACGAGCAGCCGCCUCCGCGGUGCUGGACACGUACGACCUGGAGCGCCGCCCCGUCGGCAACGCGCUGCUGCAGGGCACCGACCGCAUUUUCGCGUUCAUCUGGUCGCGCAACCGGCUGUUCGUGUGGCUGCGCAACUUGUUCCUGCGGUACGUCGUGGAGCGCGUCGUGCGCAGCCGCGAGCGCCGCCGGCGUGCCUUCCUGUUCGUGAGCCAGUUCGGCAUCACGUACCGCGGCGCCAGCCGCAUCGUCGGCGAGGCGCCGCGCUGGAGCGGGCCCAUCCGCGGCGGGGAUCGCGUGCCUGACGGGAAGGUCGUGCGCAUGUCAUCGUCAUCAUCAAAUGCAGGUGCUGCUGGUGGUGAUGAUGAUUAUACAAAAAAGGGGGAAGAGACGAGUCUGCAGAGGGUUUGCGUCGGCGCGCCGCAUCAUCUGCUGUUGUUCGCUGGUGGUGGUGGUGGUGGAGGAGCUGAUAGUAAAGGAAAGGGGGCGGCCGUCCUGGCAGCUGCCGCGGAGAAGGCCGUGCGCGCUUGUAAGACGCCGCUGAGGGUGCAUUGCAUUCUCUGCUCUUCUUCUUCCUCCCCCUCCUCCUUUUCUGCUGGGGACGGGAAUGGCUUCCUGGGGAUUAAAGGGCCGGGCCUGGAGAAAGAGGAAGAGGAGAAUGGUGGUGGGGAGUGGUAUGUCGAUCCGGACGGUAAACUACAUGCCGAGUUCGGGUUCGGGGCAAAGAUGGCGGGCUAUGUGCUGGUGCGGCCGGACGGCUAUGUCGCGCACAUCGGGCCAUUGGCGAAGCUGGACCAGUUUGUCGCCUUCUUGGAGGACUAUCUUGUAUCUCCCGUGGUUGCGCCACCGUCCCGUUCACGGUUGUCUUUUCUGGCUUCUCCUCUUGUUUGGGCGGCGGUGGGUGCCGGUCUGGCGGUCAAGUUUCUCUUACUUUAGGGGAACUGGGGCAAAAAGGUAUGAGCCAGAGCCAGAGCCCAGAAGGUCGGGGUUUAUACUCGCAGCUGGGCCGAGUCCUUCUUUUUCUUCUCCUCAUACCCCUUUUUCGUUCUUUUUUUCUUUUUGCUUCUAUGACCUAUCUUCUGCCGCCUUUGUAAUAUUCCAUGAUUUCCAUCCGAGCACUGCUUAUAUAGUAUGGAUCGAUGAUCGCUAUGUGUUAAGGUUAAAGCAGUAGCAAAUAUCAAGUCAACUUAUCUGCGAGUUCAUUCAAGGCAUUUACUUUAUCUUGCUGUUUGAC